CCAGAGAGAGAGAGAGAAUCUCCACCAAUGAGCAGCUUCCUGAAAGUCUCACCUGGCCGUUCCUCCCUCUCUUCUCCCCUCCCUGCCCAGGUGUCACUCCCAGCAGCAGCAGCCGCACCCGGACGCCCGCCUCCAUCAACGCCACUCCCGCCAACAUCAACCUCGCAGACCUGACCCGAGCCGUCAACACCUUGCCACAAAACAUGACCUCUCAGAUGUUCAGCGCCAUCGCUGCCGUGACGGGGCAGGGGCAGAACGCCAACGCCACCCCUGCGCAGUGGGCUUCCAGUCAGUACGGCUACGGGGGCAGCGGCGGGGGCAGCAGCGCCUAUCACGUGAGUGGGCGGAAGGGCUCCGGGCCCCACCCGCGUCCCCUGGCAGUGCCCCACCUCAGCUGGGCAGCAGGACAAGUGUUCGUUCCUAGAGACCGUCUGUGGGAACCCUCCGGUCACGGUUCUCUCAAAG